GUUCCGGUCUAUCCCCCCAAGCUCUCUGGAACCAGCCCCAGGGCCACCAUGGUUCACCAGAAACUGGGGACAUAAUAGGGGCCCGCUGAGGAGCAAAAGAGUGAGGCCCUGUCCUAGGCCCCAGAGACCUUGCCUCAGAGAGAAGAAAAGCUUUCCCAAGCAGGCUGCUCUGGGCUGUGAACACCUGAGAAACCAGGUGAUCAAAAACAUGAAAUGAACUUCCAAGAAUCUUGAGAUGACUGCAUGUCCCUCACAGGGAUGGGAAACGAGAAAUGGAAUCCCCAUCUUGGAUCUACACCUUUGGGAAGUUCAGAAGGACACACUUCGUGCUCCCUCUGGUUCUGGAGGACUAUGCUGACCUCUCCACUGUGAUUCUGCUACCGUGUGCCUGGCAACUGCCCUUGUCAGCUCUGUUCAUCGGGGACUAUUGCUCCUCUGAGUGGUCCCUGACAGGGCUGGGAUGGGGUCCUGGAGACUGCUUUCUCAGUUGGCACAAGCCCUGUGUGGCGGCUCAGCUCUAUGGAAGGCCAUGCGGGGGAGACCGGUGUGUGGAGGCUGCAUGGACAGCCUGACCCCCACUGCCUCUUCACAGCCUUCCUCACAUUAUCAGAGCUUCUCUCAGUCUUUCCUCUGCCCUCAGUAGGUGCGGGUGUGAGCUCUCAGCAAUGGCUCUCCAGAAGCUCAAGAAAAUAAGCAUGUCCUCUCCACCACCCGGCAGACGCUUCCACCAACGCUCAAGAACACUCUUCCCCAGAACCAGAGAUCUUGCAGUCCCUUGUAAAAUCAAUUACAUUGACACUUGGGACAAGAGAACAUGAAAAUAAACACCAGCACUUAACAGAACAAGAGUGAUUAACCCAACACUGCAGUGAUUAUCUCCAAUGACAUUCACAGGAGGCGUACAUAUGCAGUAGCCCUACAACAGCAUAAAGCAUCACCCACAGGCUGCUUCGUUAACUGGGGGUCUAAAUGACACAUAGGACACAUUAAAUGCACUUGUCCCAGAUGUUUGUGCGUGGCCACGGAACCCAUGCAAAUAUGAAUAACAGCAAAAGACAAGUAAAGCAAUAUCAACAUCAGAAGGCCUACACUUUAACAAACUAUGAAGGAAAUUUUGCCUCAGUUUCCUCGAUUGUAAAAUGGGGAUACUAGUACCUGUCUCCCAGGGUCAUUGUAAGGAUCAAAUAAGAUAUCUGUAAAGCGCUUUGCAAACCUUAAGCUGCUAUAUAAUGUCUAGCGAUUGUAACCAUGCAAACGGCCAGGUACCACAUGCUGAAGCAAAGGUGCUGUGGGUGGCGGAGCCCUCUGGGGAGGCCUGAGCAUCCUCCUUAGAGCUAUGGUCUAUGGCCUCCACACAUAACUGAAAAGGUGAAGGUUCAUGGUUUGGUCUGGCUCUUCUGGAUCCACGGUCUGGGGACCGCAAGGUUAGAUCUAUCCCCUGCCCAGCAGCUGCAGGGACCAGGAAGCGUGUCCAGCGCGGGGCCUGAGAGAAGACUUGAAGGCGGAGGAUGGGGAGGGACAGAGCGUGGGCCACGAUGGCAACAUGGCGGAUGGCAGUGUCCCGGGCAAGCCAGGGUGGCUGGGCAAGGGAGGAAAGGGUGAGAAGGCGGCAGUCCUCCUUGGGUGGAGAAGCCCUUUGUAGAUCCCACCAUCCUGCCAUUGCUGGAGGCCUCUGAGAGUGCCCUGAAUCCCAGCUUCCUUCGCUGCCAGAAAAACUGGAUAGUCUCCUCUGUCCCCCAAGAGACGGACUCUGGAGGUAAACUGAGUCACGAUAAGGUCCAACUGCACCUAGAGCUUCGCGGGUUUAAGACAAUAGCAGUAAUAAUAAUAAAUAAUAACAGCUAACUUUGCUGAGCUCUCGCUCUGGGCCUUGGCGCUUUAGAAAGAUUCUCAUCUGCUCCUCAUGACUCCGGGGGGAAACUGAGGCAGGCAGUGGUGAGGUGCCCGGCUCAGGUCAUCUGGGUCUGAGGCUGGAUUUGAACUUGGCGCCCCCUGACUUCGGCCCAGCCCGGCUGUCUCCUGGCUCCCUUCCCCCUCCCCACAGAGGGCAAACAGCGUGUUUCCAGCCCAGGGCCUGCUCACUGAGGGCCCACCAGCCUCUUGGAGCGGGAAUCCUAGGUUAUAGGUCAGGAAGGACAGGAAGCCGCCGCCAGGGGGCCUCCAGCUCCAAGUCAGGAAGACCUUGGCCAGGGGGCGUGGCUGCCUCCAGAGGGGGGCAGGGCCUGGACGUCCACGUGAUCCUGGGGCGGGACCAAAGGAUUUUUUUCCCUGCCUGCGCACAAGCCGCCCUGGUCGCCGGACUACAUUUCCCGUGAGACAUUACCGACGAGGGGCCGGCCUGGGUGGAGGGCGCCUCUUGCGUCACUUCCGUUUGCUGUUCCGCAUCCUGAGGUCCCGCUGCCUGACCCUUCCAGGCCACCUCUGAGGAGGGUCCUCUGGACCUGCCUGCUAUAGACUGCCCUUCCCAAGAGGAGUGAGCGUCCUGGAGUCAGGAAUGGCCCUUGUGUUCCUGACAGCCACGGCCCACCAGAGCUCGGUGACUUUCAGGGAUGUGGCUGUGAACUUCACCCCAGAGGAGUGGGGGCAGCUGGGCCCCGCCCAGAAGGAGCUGUACCGGGAGGUGAUGCUGGAGAACUACCAGAACCUGGUCUGCCUGGGAUUGGCAGCUUCAAAGCCGGAUGUGAUCUACCAGCUGGAGCGAGGUGAAGCACCUCGGAUGGCAGGGGGAGAUGUCGUCCCACGGAGUGACUGUCCGAAUUGGAAGGCUAGGCCUGAAGCCAAGGAAUCAGUUCCAAAGCUGGACAUCUCUAUGGAAACAUCAUCUCAGAAAAGAUUCACAGGAUGGCCUGGUUCCUUAGUCUGCAACUUCAGAGCGGCCUGGGGAUAUGAUACAGGGUUAAAGAAACAGCAGAGCAACAAGGAGACACAUUCUCAGCCGGGAAAAAUCAUCCAAAGGAACACUCCCAGUAAAGCACAAGGCCAAGAAUGCAACACUUAUGGCAGAAGCUUCAGUCUUGGGCCAGCCACUUUCCCACAGCAAAGAGCGUGUGUAGGAGAGAGUCUCCAAGAUUGUCAUACAGGCAGAGAGAAUAUCAGUCUGUAUUCAGACUUAAAUUCAUGUAAUAGAAUCUGCUCUAAGAAAAUAUUUUCUAAGUAUAAUGAGUAUGGGAAAUCCUUCAGUUCUAAAUUAGACUUUAUUGAAUAUCAUAGACUAUAUCCUGCAGAACAAACAUAUGGAUAUCAUGACUGUGGGAAAGCCUUCAGUAGCAGCCCAUCCAGUAAUUCCCAUCAGGUAGCUCAUAUUGGAGAUAAACCUUAUAUUUGUAAUGAAUGUGGGAAAGCUUUCUUUCUGGGUAUACACCUUAUUGAACAUCAGAGAAUUCAUACUGGGGAGAAACCUUAUGCAUGUAAUGAAUGUGGAAAGGUUUUCCGCCUCAACACACAGCUUACUCGACAUCAGACAAUUCAUACAGGGGAGAAACCUUAUGAAUGCAAUGAAUGUGGGAAAGUGUUCCGCCAGAGUGCCCACCUUAUUCGUCAUCAGACAAUUCAUACUGGGGAGAAACCAUAUGAAUGUAAUGAAUGUGGCAAGGUUUUCCGCUUGAGUGCACAUCUUACUUGCCAUCAGACAAUUCAUACUGGAGAGAAACCAUACAAAUGCAAUGAAUGUGGAAAGUCUUUCCGUGAGAAGAAAGGUCUGAUUUAUCACCAGAGAGUUCAUACUGGAGAGAAACCUUAUGUCUGUCCUGAAUGUGGGAAGGCUUUCCGCCAGAGGACAGGAUUAAGUUAUCAUCGGAAAGUUCACACUGGAGAGAAACCAUAUGAAUGUCAUGAAUGUGGGAAAGCUUUCCGCCAGAGAACAGGACUAAGUUAUCAUCAGAGAGUUCACACCGGUGAGAAACAUUAUGAAUGUCAUGAAUGUGGGAAGGCCUUCUGGCAGAGUUCACAGCUUACCCAACAUCGGAGAAUCCAUACUGGAGAAAAACCUUUUGAAUGUCCUGAAUGUGGAAAGGCCUUCCGUCUGAUUGCACAGCUUAACCAACACCAGAGAGUUCACACUGGAGAGAAGCCUUAUGAAUGUCAUGAAUGUGGGAAAGCUUUCUGGCAGAAUGCAGAAUUAAUUUAUCAUCAGAGAAUUCAUACUGGAGAGAAACCUUAUAAAUGUAAUGAAUGUGGGAAGGCCUUCCGUUUGAGUGAACAGCUUUCCCGACAUCAGCGAAUUCAUACUGGGGAGAAGCCUUAUGAAUGUAAUGAAUGUGGCAAGGCAUUUCGUGUGAGUGGAAAGCUUACUCAACAUCAGAGAAUACAUAAUGGAGAGAAACCCUAUAAAUGUCAUGAAUGUGGGAAGGCCUUCUGCCAGAGCUCAGAACUUACUCGACAUCAGAAAAUACACACAGGAGAGAAACCUUAUGAAUGUCUUGAUUGUGGAAAAGCCUUCCGACAAAGUGCAGAGCUCACACUGCAUCAAAGAAAUCAUACUGGAGAGAAACCAUAUGAAUGUAAUGAGUGUGGUAAGGCUUUCACCACCAGUUCAGCUCUUACUUACCAUCAAAGAAUUCAUACUGGAGAGAAACCAUAUGAAUGCCAUGAAUGUGGGAAAGCAUUUUCCCGAAGGGCAACACUUAGUCAACAUUUGAGAAUUCAUACUGGCGACAAACCUUAUGAAUGUCAUGAAUGUGGAAAGGCCUUCCCCCAAAGGGUAGAACUUAUUCGACACCAUAGAAUUCAUGCUGGAGAGAAACCUUAUGACUGUCAUGAAUGUGGGAAGGCCUUCUGGGAGAGUGCAGAAUUAAUUUAUCAUCAGAGAAUUCAUACUGGAGAGAAGCCUUAUGCAUGUAAUGAAUGUGGGAAGGCCUUUCGUGUGAGAACACAGCUUACUCGACAUCAGAGAAUACAUACUGGAGCCAAACCAUAUUCAUGUGGUGAAUGUGGGAAGGCCUUUCGUGUGAGAACACAGCUUACCCGACAUCUGAGAAUUCAUACUGGAGCCAAACCUUAUAAAUGUAAUGAAUGUGGGAAGGCCUAUAGGCAGAGAGCGGAUCUUACUAGACACCAGAAGACUCACACUGAAGAGAAACCUUAUGAAUGUAAUGAGUGAUGAUAAACUUUAUGUUUAGGGGAAAUACUUUAUUCAACAUCUAGAUAAUUUAUAUUGGAGUAAGAAACCUUAUCAGUACAAUCAGUGUGCAAAGUACUUUAAUAGGAAAACAAAGCUUAUUAAACUUUAGUGAAUUUGUACUAGAUUAAAAAAAGCUUUAUGAGUGUGGGCAGGCCUCCUGUUGCAACACAGGAUGUAAUCAACAUCAGAGCAGUCAUACUGGAGAGUAUGUUUAUGACAAAUGAAGAUUUUUACCUUCAGAUAUCCUGUGUUUUCUGUCACAAAAUACUGAAGGGAAACCCCACAACUGCAAUUAAUGUGGGGAGGCCUUUGGCUAACGCAGAAGCCUGCACCAGAGAAUUAGUAUUGAAGAGAAACCUUUCAAAUUAAUAUUCUUUGUUGUGAUUUCAUAGUGUUUGUUUUUUUAUCGUUAAUUUAAUUUUCCUCCCUCUCACCUGGUGAUGUAAAAAGUUUAUCCAGUUUAUUAGUUUUUUUUUUUUUAAGGAACCAGUUUGUAGUUUUGUUUAUCAGUUCUGUAGUCUUUUUACUUUCUGAAUUUAUGCCUUUUUGGUGUUUAUUUGUUUUCUAAUUUUAUUAAUUACAUAUUCAGUUCACUAAUCCUCUCUUUUUCCAUUUUUUACUGUAUGUUGUCAGGAUAUACUUUUUCUCUGAGGACUACUUUAACUGCUUCUCAGAAAUUCUAGUGUUUUGUCUUAUUGUUAUCCUCUUUCAUAUGACUAUUACUGUGAUUCAUUCUUUGAUCCAUUUGAUACUUGAGAUGUCAUUGUUAAGUGCCUGUUUAGGUCAGUUUUUCUUGUUUGUACUCUGUGUGUGUGUUACUCUUUUUAAUCUAUUCUUAUCCGUAAGGUCACAUCUAGCAUUUAUUUUUUACAUUUUUCAUUUCUUUGUACCCUGAUUUGUGGUGUGGUUUUAUAAAGGUACCAUGUGAUUUUGAGAGAGGUGAGUAUUGUGUUCCCAUUCAGAGGACAGUCUUUCAGAUCUAAAUGCUUCGGUGGUUCAGUUCUAUGUUUUUCCUCUUGUCUGUGUUUCUGUUAGAUUUAUCUCAUUUCUGGCACAUUGCUGGGCACACAGUAAAUGCUUACAUGUUUUUUCACUUACACAGAUGAAGAUCAGUGGAUGGAGGAAGAGAAGUCAUUUUUUUUUUCAUCAGGAAAUGCUGUGGACCAUACAGAGCAGAGGUUUUGAACAUUUUUUGUCAGACUUCCCUUUAGCAGUCUAAUGAACCUUGUGGUAUCUUCUUCAGAAUAAUUUUUUUUAACAUAUAAAAUACGUAGGGUUUCAAAGAAAACACUGAAAUACAGGUAUCAAAAUAUUUUUCAAAUUAAUUCAUUGACUCUAGAUUAAGAGUCUAGAGCAUUUGAAUGAAGAUCAGUGGAUGGAGAAACAGGUGAUAUUCCCUGGUGAAGCCUACAGUAGAGCACCUGGAAAAAGAAGAAAAUAAGCAAGUGCAGGAAACUCAUUAUAAUCCUCCCACAUAGGUAAGAUUGUUUGAGUGAUAUGGAACUUCAGUUAUCCAGACAUUUGCUAGAAUGCUUUCUACCAAAAGCAAGGAAGCCUAUAAUUUAUAUAAUAAAUAAUAUAUAAUACAUAUA